AUGACAAUGCCUGCCCCGCCAGCUAGUACGAAUGGUUCUACCUUGGUGUACGACCAUACCGGCGCUGCUGUUCGCCAUGGUCGAGCUCGAAUAAAUCAAAUCCGCAUGCACUACUACACCGCAGGCUCAGGGCCAGCUCUUCUCCUCAUCCACGGCACUCCAAAAACAAGCUUCUACUGGUACAAAAUCGCCCCGCUCCUAACACCGUACUUCACCAUUGUCGCUCCCGAUCUCCGCGGAUUUGGAUACACAGACAAACCACCAGCAAGCAAUGGCUACGAUUCUCGAACCAAUGCCGACGAUCUUGCCGAGUUGAUGACACAACUCGGCCACGAGCAGUUCUACGUCCAUGGAGAAGACCGUGGGGCAGAGUUUGCGUUCGCAGUUGCGGGUCUCUACCGGGACCGCGUGCUGAAGCUUUCCUUCUGCGAAAUGCUGCUGUCCGGCGUUUCGCUCGAUAAGUGGUCAUACUUUACCCCAGAGAACACUCAGGCCCAGUACGAACAACGAGGAGUGUGGCAAUGGCACAUUCCCUUCCUAUGGAUGCCUAAUGUUGCGGAGAUGUUGAUCACUGGCAAAGAGGAGGAGUUUUGGACUUUCUUUAUGGAGAAUGAGUGCUACAACCCUAUAGCAAUUGGCAGGGAGGCUAUCCAGGAGUUCGUCAGGAGCUCGAAAGCGCCUGGUGGACUGAGAGGUAUCUUAGAAACGUAUAGGGCGACAUUGGUUAACGGUCAAGUUAAUACAGAGAUCAAGCAGGAGCCACUCACACUGCCAAUCAUGACAGUCGGUGCACCGGAAUUUUUCGGCCCACUUGUCAGGGAAGAAAUGCUCAUGGUCGCGAAUAACGUGCAGCGGAGUGCGGUCUUUGAAGAGUGUGGCCAUUCGUUAGCACUCGAGGCCGAGGUCAGACUUUCGGAUAUGUUAAUUGAUUUCAUGCUGGGGCAAAAUCAGACCGCAAACAGCACGCAGUCGUAG